GGAUAAAGGGGAGUGGAUGUUUCUGCAAAAGGAGACGGGACCGCUGAGAGUUCAACAUUUAACUCAUGGACCAGCUUGACUUUGCUGCAUCUCAACAAAGUCUGCAUGAAAACCCUGAGACGUGACUCAGAUUUGAUUCCAGGAUAUUAUCAUUCAUGGACCCGAAGAACAAUGCCCAUUUUGCUUCAACCUGGUUGAUUUUCUCCAAACCUAUACCUGUGUGCUUCGAAGCAAGUCUGCGUGGAAUUCUCUCAGACAUCGGCAGAGGUUCCACAGGACUAACACUGCUCUGAGCAGUCUACCUGACCUUCAACUUUAGAAGAGUCACAAUGGAUCAUGCUGUACAGACUCUAAUAAGACUUUGCCAGAAAUACCAGAAAUUUAUGCAAUGCAAAUGAAGUAAUGAAGUGCCACUUUUAAGCUGUAAGAGGCAGCAACACUCCACACUACCGUUCAACCUACUUAUAGGAGGGGGAGAAGAAGAAAAGGACGGUAUGUCUGUGUGUGUUGUCCAAACUAGCCAAAACUGCGAACAAUGACUUUCCGGGAAAUUUUCUCUUCCCAGCUUGCAUCAACACCCUUUUGGAGGUCAACACUGACUUAGAAAAGAAUGAAAACCAGUUUAUUGCUCCUUACAGCAUGGAAAAGCUUGAUGGUUCUGGACUUGGAACAUCCAGUCAUCUAAGCCAAACAUCUAAUUACAUAGCAGUACCUCUGGACACCGUUCUAAAGGACCAGAAAUUCCUUUCUUAUAAAGUACCGACGGCACUCGAAAGCGGCUGGAACCAAAAACCACCAAGUCUGCAAACCAGCAACGUGCAGAUUUUGGCACACUGUCAACAUAAUAACGAAUCUUACUUAAGGCAAUCUACAUUGUCAACUCGUAGACCGACUGGACAGAUAGGGAAUCAUGGGUUUACAGCAGUGAUCCCUAGAGACAACUAUCCUCAACACAAAUCGCAACGUUUUUGUUCGAAUGAUAGACCUCCAGAAAUUCCUGCCACAAGUGAGAGGGUGUUGCUUCGACAGUGUCCGGUUCAGUCGAGUUCUUCUUCAUCGAUUGAGCACCAAAAAGCAUCUUCAGCCUCAACGAGCACAAAUAGCUCACAGCAGUCACAUAUGCCACUUAUUGUUCAGAAAACUAGUAAUCUGAGUGAAAGCUCGCAGAACAGUCUAUACAAUCAGCAACAGCGUGUGAAGAUUACUAAUAAUUUACCUAAAGACUCCGUCUGUCAGGGAUCGUUUGCUAAUGUUGCUGUUAUUUUAUCACAAGCUCAACCGAUCAUGCUUCAAACUUCAACGAACGAAAGACAGACAAAUGACGAACUUCAUCAACAGAAUGCUUGUAUGCCUAAAGAAAUCUAUCAGCAGAAGUAUGCGACUCAGAAAGCUAUCGCUGUCGUUACGCCUUUGACUCAAACAGCAGUGGUAGGUGUUACAUUAUCGAACUCGGCCAAAGAGAAAGUAGGAGGCCCUGAAACAAGAGCUGUACCAAAUAAAAAUGACCAUCGACCUUACAUUCCACAUAUUUGCCAAUCAACAACAACUACAUUUCAAGCAAAGGAAGUACCCUCAGUACAAGCCAGUGAGAUUUCUCAUUGUGUAAAGGAUGAUAAGCCUGUGAAAAAUAAUCAACUUGUUCCUGGUGAAAACUUGCCGUCGGUUUCUCAUAAUAGUGUGAGCGUAGAAAGACGGGAGGUGCUACAGCAAUCUCCCGCUAACUGUAGUGCUCAACUUUUCAGUGAACACGAUGCUACGUUGAUGAGCAGAAACCCUGUUGGCACCAAACCAACAAUGGAUCCUAGAAUGGAUAAAUUGUCUACCGCACCUGUCCAGGAGUGGUCUCUUCAGAGAUUGCGCAACUUUAUAACUCAGAUGGAGCAGACGCAAAGAAGGCAACAGAAAAACGUUCCUAAUGACGACAUCUUCAACGAGAUUCUGAAGCUGUAUUGGAAUGGAGAUUAUCGAAAACUAUGUGACGCUGCAAAAUCGAGCCUUUAUACAGACAUCAUGAAAGACGUCAGGCUGCACUAUCAAACAGAAAGUUCUGUAAUACUCCAGGGAGUUUUGAGAGAGAGACUGAAUGAAAUUGCGUCAAGCUUUUACAUUUUAGAACAUGGCUAUGUACCACCCAAGAUGGGGUACAGAUCAUCCUGGUUGAAUCUCAGUGAGAAUCUCAAUGAUAUUCCCAGCGAGCAUUAUGAUCUGUCAUUGUUAAUGACUUUGCACUGCAAACAAACCAAAACCCCUGACCAGGAAGUACCAGUGAAAGAGAUGUCGGAAAACAUGUCGGAGCCUACAACUGGAAAGAGAAAAGCAUUUGAUAAAGCACUAAGUGAAAGAAAGAAACAAAAGAAAGCAUUACCUCCUAAGCAUCAAGAGAACUCUGUAAGAAAAGAGCCAGUGGGUGUGAAUGUUGAAAAUACAUCUUCUGGAAAAGAGACAGAAGGACAAAACAGUACAAAUGUGGAAAAUGUUACCGUGGAAAAUAAAGUACAGUCGGAACAACAAAAUCAAACAGAGAGUGAAAAUCAGGCACCUUUGCUUGAGUCGUUAAGUACACAAGCAUCAGAUGUGUCUGACCACUGUACAAAACCAAGGAUUUUGAUCAAACUCCUCACCACAGACACGACGCCUGUGUCGGACAAAAAUGGUUCUGCAUACUGUGUUUCUGUCAAGAAGAGCAUCCUUCCACCAGAGAAAGCUGAGGAGCCAGAUGUAGAGGUGAACAACAUGAGCAAGGAAGAUGCGCCAUCUUUAACAGACAGCAGUCAAGACACUGUGGAAUCGCUCGAGCAGGAUAAAAUAUGUGUGGACGUGGAAAUUAAAUCGGACGAACUGAGGAAUGGAAUUGAACUGGAGAAGUACUGUUGUCUUCCAAAAUGGCUCCAGGUUUUGGGCUAUCAAAAUGGAGGACUUUGCAAGUGUGAGAAAACAUCCGAACUGAGUCAUCAAGCUGACGCCUCAAGCAAAGGUGUGAAGGAGGUAAAUAUAGAGAAGAACAGACAUCCUUUCAAUAAAGCUUGUGAGCUCACUGGUACUGAGCUCAAAGAGGCAAGAAAUAAACCCUCGCCAGUUGUUGCUGACGAUGACAGCAUGGAUGAGCUUGAGAUUGUGGAUGUCAUCACAGACUACGAAGAUGUACUUGAAUUGGCAAAUGCGGUGUCGGAGCAGGUGACAUCGCAUGAGUCUCCAUCGGGCAGAGAUCACCACCAAGAGAUCACAAGGGCAGAGUUCAAGACAAGAGAAACAUUAAUAAACCUUACAUUAUUCGGCACCUCGCAUGCGAGACAAAAGAAAAACAUUUCUGGAUUCAUGUCAUCGGAUAAGGUGCCCCCAGAAACCCUUAACGUAAGAAUAGGUUCUGGAUGGAACAGACGCUCUGACAGUUCUAAAGGUCCCAAAAGCCACACUCCUAAACAGCAAGUUUGGAAUUCCUGGAAGAAGACCCAUGUUUCAUCAAAGAGGUCAACUAACACAGGGUCCAAGAAUCAGAAACCGGCAAAAGCCCCGGAAUCAAAAAAACAUUUCUGUUUGACAUCAGCUAACAAACCGGAAAAUACAAACAGAGAUCAAUCCAAGAAAAAAUCCAGGAAAAAAAUCAGUUUGACCAGACAGGAUCAAAUAAGGAAGCUGAAACGAAACAAACUUUUGGCAUCAUUUAAUCUGAAGAAAAGAUGGAAUUACGCAAACCAUGGGCGCAAACUUACGAAGACCUCUUUUGAUUCGUCUCAGGUUAUUAAUCCACGCAAAAAUAAAUUAGACACUGGUUUAGCCUUAAAUUUUGGAGUUCUUCCAGAGUCUUUCAAUAUAUCAGAUGGCAGUUCCUCUGAGAAAGCCAAACAGCCUGCAAGUGCAGAGAGCAGUUCAGAAGUUAAAUCUGUGGUGCAGACCAAAAGGACAUGGGGCAUGUCAGGUACUUGGUGCGAAAGCCCCAGGAAGAAACAAUGCCUCAAAUCUACCCCUACCCUACCAAACUCAUCCAGGUUCAGCACAUUUCAAGAGUUCAAAAAGAAAUACGAAGAAAAAAAGCAGAAAACCUCUACUCAAAUGAUCUAAAAAUAAGACAUCACUGUUUACACUGUAAACACUUACCACAGUUUAAGCUUAAACAUUUUGGUUAAGCUUCUGUACAUAGUUUGUGUAUUUAACUAAUCACCACUUAACAUAGUAAUGCAACCGAGUGAGAAAUGUGACCUCAUAGAAACACUGUGCUGCAGGGUUUUAUUCAACAUUGUUCGAAACUGAGACACUAUUCUUUUGACCAUAAUGCUGCUUGAAAAUUUCAAAUAGUAUGUUCUGAAUGCUUGUUGAAACCACUGUUUACAGUUAUUCCAUGUGUUUUUUUAUGUCAUUAUAUAAAUAUAAAUAUAUAUAUAUAUAUAUAUGUAUAUAAAAUGUAUUAAUACAAAAA